UUGUUGUCAGAUGCAUCGCAGCCUCUUGAAAGUCAGAACUUUUCUCCUGUGGUGCGAGAUGCAGUGAUUACAUCCAACGGUUCAUUGACUGAUAAGUAUAAAUAUAUCCAGAAACUCCGAGAGAACAGAGAAAGUGUUCAGUCAUUUGCAAUGAGUACCAAGAAAAAGGUCUUGGUUCUUGGAUCUGGCUAUGUAUCUGGGCCUGUAUUAGAAUAUCUGUUAAGAGACAGCAAAAUAGAAAUAACAGUAGGCUCUGACAUGACAAAUCAAAUUAAACAGCUAAGCAAGAAAUAUAAUAUUAAUCCUGUUAGCAUGAACAUUGGUAAACAAGAAGAAAAAUUGAACUCCCUGGUGGCAACACAGGAUCUUGUCAUCAGCCUGCUGCCUUAUGUGUUGCAUCCUAUUGUGGCCAAGGCAUGUAUCACAAACAAAGUUAACAUGAUAACUGCAAGCUACAUCACACCGGCACUAAAAGAACUGGAAAAGAGUGUGGAAGAUGCUGGCAUCACAGUUAUUGGCGAAUUGGGAUUGGACCCUGGUCUUGAUCAUAUGUUGGCAAUGGAAACAAUUGAUAAGGCCAAAGAAGAGGGAGCCACGAUUGAAUCUUACGUUUCCUACUGUGGUGGGCUUCCAGCCCCCGAACAUUCAGACAAUCCUUUGAGAUAUAAAUUUAGCUGGAGUCCUGUGGGAGUUCUGAUGAACAUAAUGCAACCUGCCACCUACCUGCUCAAUGGAAAGGUUGUGAAUGUGCCAGGGGGUGUCUCCUUUCUUGAUGCAGUUACUUCCAUGGAUUACUUCCCAGGCUUGAAUCUGGAGGGCUACCCUAACCGAGACAGUACCAGAUAUGCUGACAUUUAUGGUAUUCCAUCUGCCCACACUUUGUUGCGGGGGACAUUGAGAUACAAGGGAUAUUCUAAAGCUCUGAAUGGAUUUGUAAAGUUGGGUCUUAUAAACAGAGACACAUAUUCUGCCCUUCCUGAGGCUAACCCUCUCACCUGGAAACAACUUCUCUGUGAUUUAGUUGGAAUUUCACGUUCUUCCACAUGUGACAUGCUUAAGGAAGCUGUCCUUAUAAAACUGGGAGGGGACAAUACCCAACUGGAGGCUGCUGAGUGGUUGGGCUUACUUGGGGAUGAACAAGUCCCUCAGGCAGAGUCCAUUGUGGAUGCACUCUCCAAGCAUUUGGUGUUGAAACUCUCCUAUGGUCCUGAAGAAAAAGAUAUGAUUGUGAUGAGAGAUAGUUUUGGAAUCAGACAUCCUUCUGGACAUUUGGAAAAUAAAACUGUAGAUCUCGUAGUUUAUGGAGACUUCAAUGGCUUCUCAGCGAUGGCUAAAACUGUGGGGUUACCCACUGCGAUGGCAGCUAAAAUGUUGCUUGAUGGUGAAAUUACAGCAAAAGGCCUAAUGGGUCCUUUUUCAAAAGAAAUCUAUGGGCCAAUAUUAGAGCGGAUUAAAGCAGAAGGCAUUAUAUGUACUACCCAGAGUACAAUCAAACUAUAAUUGGGAGUUACAUUUUGUUUUGAUCAUCACAAGAAAUGGAGCUCUCAACAUCUGUUUGACAAAUGGACUUGCUAAUAUGCUAUUUUAUAAAAUGUAAACCAUGAUAUAUUUUGAUUGAGUCAACACAGUAAUGGUUUUGGAACACAAAUCUGUUUUUAAUAUGAAAAUGGGUGGAAUAAGAGAUGCCAGUCACGACUAGAGAACGUUACUAGUUCCUGCCAUGUAUUUUUUUCAUAUGUAUGUAAAAGUCAUAGUGGUCAUACUAUUUGUUAAUUUAUUGUGCCUCCUUUUUCUUACAAGAACAUAUUUUACU